AUGUUGGAGCUGUGGAAACACCUUAGCAACCACCUUAGGAACCAGCUUGGCAACCGCCUUGGCAACCAGCUGGGAAACAGCCUUAGCAACCACCUUAGGAACCAGCUUGGCAACCAGCUGGGAAACAGCCUUAGCAACCACCUUAGGAACCAGCUUGGCAACCGCCUUGGCAACCAGCUGGGAAACAGCCUUAGCAACCACCUUAGGAACCACCUUAGGAACCAGCUUGGCAACCAGCUGGGAAACAGCCUUAGCAACCACCUUAGGAACCACCUUAGGAACCAGCUUGGCAACCGCCUUGGCAACCAGCUGGGAAACAGCCUUAGCAACCACCUUAGCAACCACCUUAGGAACCAGCUUGGCAACCGCCUUGGCAACCAGCUGGGAAACAGCCUUAGCAACCACCUUAGGAACCAGCUUGGCAACCGCCUUGGCAACCAGCUGGGAAACAGCCUUAGCAACCACCUUAGCAACCAAGGCUACAGAGCUACUGCUGAUCACAGCAACGGGACACAAAUAGAAAGUCUUGGCCCCGCCCGGCUCGGCUCGGCCCGGUCCGGCCCCGCGUGUCGUCACGGCGACACCGGGAACACACCAAACCUGUCCUUCCCAGCAGCUCUGAACGCAGCACAGAGCAGCUCUGUCCUCUUUCUGUCCCGACGGGAAUCUCUCGCUCCUCACGUGUCUCUGGAAAUCCGUUCAAAUAGCUCGCUAUUACCCAGCAGCCCAGAUGAGAGCCGGAGGAGGCAACUCUGCAAAGUCGUCCGGAGGCAGAACAUGAAGGUUCGGAUCAACGCUACGGGCGACACCAUCGUGAUGAAGUUCGUGCGUCCGAGUCCCGACGUGAAGCUGGAAGGUUACAUCCUCGGCUACGGCAGCAGCAUGUUCUCCAAACAGUUCAUCCAGCUGCCGGAGAACGGGAAGCCCUACGAGACGGAGCUGGACGCCGAGCCGAAGUAUCUCGUCGCCGUUCAGCCGAUUCCCGUCAACGACGUGAAGAAGCAGUGCACAGGGAAGGUGAACCUGGAGAAGCCGCUGCACCUGGUGAUCGGCUCCGUCAGUCCCACGGCCGUGCUGCUCUCCUGGGGAAGCUACCUGAAGACGCCGUACGAAGGGAACAUCAUGAACGAGUGUCUGGAGGACGGGUUCUACACCAUCCGCUACAGGGAGAGGAACAGGAAGUGGAUCUACCAGACCUGCCCCACUAGCGACACGGUCAUCGACAACCUGAAACCCAACACGGCCUACGAGUUCGGAGUCCGCUCCAACAAGGACGACCGCAGCGGCACCUGGAGCAAACCGGUCAUCCACAACACCAACAUGGGCAAUAAGAACCUCCAGAAGCCGUACACGGUGCGUCAUCCUCUGGCGAAGCCGAUGAAGCCGCUAGGUCCUCACACUCUGUUCCCGCCUCGUCCCGCUCUGCACAACCGAACACAACCACGACUCCCGUCUCUGUUCAAAAACCCGAUGUUCCCCGGAGCACCUCGCACUUCCUUUGCGCCACCUGAUGGCCACCAGGACUCGUUCCCUCUGCCGGGCGCCGAGCCUAAACGGCCUCACGUGUCACUCGCAACCAGCGGACCCUCGUGGUGCCCCCCCCCCGCCUCCUGCCCACCAAAGCCCCCCCCCACCAACGCCAACACCCCCCCCCACCUUAAAUUACCCUCCAAUGGGGAUUUAGUGGAGGGGCAGACUCAGCCCAGGCCGCCCACUAAAGCACCCGAGAAGCCUCACAACCCUUCCGCUUUCGGCAAAUCACAGGACGGAUCAUCACUGCUGAGAUCGGCUCUGGCCAAUGAGAGGGCCAAAGCUAAUAACUGGGGUCAAAGGUCGCUGCCUUUACAGCCCGUCGGCAACCCGGCCGUUUCCACGGUUACCAGAUCCAUGGGGCCUCCGCCAAGAAACCCCCUCUUUCCCUUCUCUAACGGCUUCAGACACCCCCACUCUUCCUCUAGACCCAGUAACUCCUCCCCAACCUCGGGCACGCUCGGGGUAAACGGACAGCCUCACCGGGGCAUUUCCCCUCCUAAACCCGCCUUAUGGUCCCGACCUCGAUUCGGAUCGCCGGCUCGCCCGUCCGCUCCCAUCAACAAGAAACCAAACCAGGUCGGAAAACCCGGAGACACAGACAAAGUGAACAACUUGAAGCAGACGGACAAGUUGCCGUUCCUGAAACCCAAAGUUCUGCCGGCGACCGCCAAGCCCACCAAGCAGGACAGGAAGCAGAGCACCACGGUCUCCCCCACACCGACCGCGAGUCGACAGGAGAGCUGGGAGGAUUCAGACUUGUUCAAAUCUCAGCCGACAUCAGACGUCGACGCUCUGGGCAAGAAACGUUUCGUGGCGCCACACGUGAUCUACCAGACGGGGAAGAAGCUGGAGGAGCCGUGCUCCAUCACUUCCUCCCUCAGCUACUUCCCCGAGGACGAGCCCGGAGAGACCAACGUCACGGCUCCACCCAGGAGCCCCCCCUCCAACCUCACGGUGGUCACGGUGGAGGGCUGCCCAUCCUUCAUCAUCCUAGACUGGGAGAAAACAGACAACGACACCACCGAGUACGAGGUCAUCUCCACCGCUAAGGGACCCGAUGGAGAGCAGGUCUCCAUCCUGACCACCAACCAGACUCACACCACCGUGGAGAACCUCCGCCCUGAGAGCAGUUACGAGUUUAAAGUGAAGCCAAAGAACGAGCUGGGUGAGGGUCCGUCCAGCGAGCCGGUGUCCUUCAACACGGAGUCAGCCGACCCGCGCGUCAGCGAGAACGUUUCAGGCAAAGACGCCAUCUGGACUCAGUUCCCCUUCAAGACCGACUCGUACUCGGACUGCCACGGGAAGCAGUACGUGAAGAGGACCUGGUACCGCAAGUUCGUAGGAGUCCAACUCUGCAACUCACUGCGGUACAAGAUCUACCUCAGCGACUCACUCACCGGUAAAUUCUACAACAUCGGGGAUCAGACCGGCUUCGGCGAGGAUCACUGUCAGUUCGUCGACUCGUUCCUGGACGGACGGACCGGGCGGCAGCUGCAGGCCGACCAGCUGCCGUCCAGAGCCGGUUUCUACCGAGCGCUGCGUCAGGAGCCGGUCCACUUCGGCCAGAUCGGAGGACAUUCUCACAUCAACUACGUGUCAUGGUACGAGUGCGGGACGCCAAUCCCCGGCAGGUGGUGA